AUGCCUUCGUUGCCACGUACAAACGAAGUUAUACGAACUGUUCAACUGCUUAAUAAGAUUGCAAUUACUCUUGAUGGUUCAAAACGUGAACUUACAUCAUGGUCAUAUCAAUAUGCAGCAUCUAUUCAUUCUACUCGUUUGUUUCUCGAUGAUGUAACUAUAAAUGAGUUUGUCAUUGCGUCUAAUAAUUUAAAUUCAGAGAUAUUAUUUGUACUCAUACUGACAACUAACCAUUGGAUUGAAAUCUAUUCGGCUAAAUCACUCAAUGAUGAAGCUCUUUAUAGUUUUCAUCUUCGUUCUCCAGCACGAGUCCAUUCAACAAUUAGUGGAAGCUUUUACGUUUUAACAUGUAAUGGUAUCGUCUAUUCUAUCGUUCAACAGAUUACUUCUGACAAUGGGUUUCAUUUCAAUCAGCAAGCCAAUAGUCAAUUAAAGAUUUCAUGUUCAAUGAUGUUAAGUACUGUCUUAACUCUCAAUGGACUAGAGAGUCUUAUUGUUUUUGCUGACAAUGGACAAUCAAUGGCAAUUUGUACCAUGGAACGCGUUAUUUAUAUUGACGUCGAUGUUUCAUCUUACACUCCAUCAUCACCAUUGAGCUCAAUCACUAGUGAAAAAACACAAGAUUUAUUGUUAUUAUAUUUCAAUAAUAAAACUCUCAUUUCAUGUCAAGUAAAACUUGAUGAAACAAAUGAAAAAGAUUCAAUUCAAUUUAUUCCAUUCGAUCAAGUUGAUAAAUUUUGUCUACAAAAUAAUUGCCUUGCAACUUAUAAUAACGGAAAAACUCAGCUUGCUUUACAUGAUAUUCGUUUAUGUACAUGCGAUGAGUCAAUUCAACUAGAUAAUGAAUGUCAGUACUUAUGUUUCAAUGAAUCAGCAACUUAUGUUUUCGCAUUAAUCAAGCCUCGUGUGCUAUUCAUGUAUCGAAUGAGUGACCGUCGACAAAUGGCAAAAUUAUUUGUCUAUGAUUUUGUCUGGUCUAUGGUAACCGAUAAUGAGUUUCUCGUAUUAGCUAUGAAUGAUCGCCGUCUACUUACGUUAAUGAUUGCCGAUCCUGAUGAUCCUACAUUACAAGCAAGAAUACAAGCAUUACCAAGCAGACUAGAAAGUUUUGUUGUUUUUGCUGACAAUGGGCAAUCGAUGGUGAUUUGUACUAUGGAACGAGUUAUCUAUAUUGACGUCGAUGUUUCACCUUACAUUUCAUCAUCAUCACCAUUGAAAUCAAUCACUAGUGAAAAAACACAACAUUUAUUGUUAUUAUAUUUUAAUAAUAAAACUCUCAUCUCGUGUCAAGUAAAACUUAAUGAAUCAAAUGAGAAAGGCUCACUUCAGUUUACUCCAUUCGAUCAAGCUGAUAAAUUUUGUCUACAAAAUAAUUGCCUUGCUACGUACAAUAAUGGAAGAACUCAACUUAACUUGCAUGACAUUCGUUCAUGUACAUGCUAUGAACCGAUUCAACUCGAUAAUGAAUGUCAAUACUUAUGUUUCAAUGAAUCAGCAACUUAUGUUUUCGCAUUAGUCAAACCUCGAGUGUUAUUCAUGUAUCGAAUGACUGAUCGUCGACAAAUGUCAAAAUUAUUUGUUUAUGAUUUUGUCUUGUCUAUGGUAGCCGAUAAUGAUUUUCUGGUAUUAGCUAUGAAUGAUCGGCGUUUACUUACAUUAAUGAUUGCCGAUCCUGAUGAUCCUACAUUACAAGCAAGAAUACAAGCAUUACCAAGCAGAAAUCUUCAGCGUUUGAGCAAAUCUGCAACAAAAAGACUUGUUGAUCAUGUGGAGAAAUGUGGCAAUAUGAGUUCAAGCGAUGAAGAUGAAUCUGAUCUUGAUAAUGAUAAUGAUAAAACCAACCAGCAAUCUAAAAAGAAGAAAAAUGACCAAGCAAAUGUACAAAAGUUUGCGUCACCUAAUAGUCUCUUUCGUAUCGUUACUCGUUUAAAUGAACGGCAUUCACUUUCCAAGAUGAAAAAUGACGAAGAAAUACGAUCCCAAGUCAUGAUUAUAUCAUUAGACAAUUCAGAGACUCUUGAUAUGACAAAAAUGGUAAAUAAUUCGGAUGAUGAAAAGUACGAUGACAAUAACGACGUACAAGUUCCGGAUUUUGUUAUUACAACAGACGAACAUAAAAAUAUCGAUACUGAUUUGAAUGAUAUUCGUCAGAAAACAUUAGAAUUCAAUAAAAACCAAAUCAAAGAAAUUCAAUUUGCAAAUGCAGGCGAUAGAAAUUUGAAGAUUGUGAACAAUCACGCAAUAACUUCGAGUACAUGUAGUAUUACUUGA